CCGUGGUUAGGUCGUCGUCAUGGCCUCUUCGUGGGACGAGAUGACCAUGUCCUUUUCUCGCCUGCCCAUGUUCCCUUUUUUUGACAUCGCCCACUACGUGGUAUCCGUGAUGGCGCUGAAGCGUCAGCCGGAUUGGAACAGGUCACCAUUUCUUGCGUUGUCACCAGAUGGGUAUCAUUAAACCUUGGCAUCACUUCUCUUGUCAGGAUGUGUAUACCACAGAAAAUUCACAUCUGCCAAUUCAUGUUCAUUCCUGGGCACAUUUUGUUGUGUGGAAUGGAGCAGCGGCGGUGGCAUGGCAGAAUCCUAUUUCAAGUUGGUUUACUGCUAUGCUUCACUGUUUUGGUGGAGGAAUUUUAUCCUGUUUACUGCUUGCAGAGCCUCCAUUGAGGUUUCUUACAAACCACACUAAUAUAUUACUGGCAUCUUCAAUCUGGUAUAUUGUUUUUUUUUGCCCAUGUGACCUAGUUUCCCAGGGCUAUUCUUUCCUACCUGUUCAACUCUUGGCUGCAGGAAUGAAGGAAGUGACCAGAACUUGGAAAAUAGUAGGUGGAGUCACACAUGCUAAUAGCCAUUACAAAAAUGGCUGGUUAGUCAUGAUAGCUAUUGGAUGGGCCCGAGGUGCAGGAGGUAGUAUUAUCACAAAUUUUGAGCUAUUGGUAAAAGGAGAUUGGAAACCACAAGCUGAUGAAUGGAUGAAGAUGUCCUACCCUGCCAAGGUAACCCUGCUGGGGUCAAUUAUCUUCACACUCCAGCACACUGAGCAUCUGUUAAUAUCAAGGCAUGAUCUUGUGUUCCUCUAUACCAUGUUUCUUGUGGUCACAAAGAUAAUCAUGAUGACUACAGCGACCCCUAUUCUGCCUUUUGCUCCUUUUGAAGCUACAAUAAGUCGGAUAUUGUUUGGCUGGCAGCAACAGUUCUUACCAUGUGAAAAGAAAAGUGAAAUAAGCACAUCGACCUCAAAGUCUACAGCUGUUAUUUCAGAUAAAGUUAAAAAGAAGGGCAAUAAGAAGACUGACUAAAUUUACUCGAUGAAUUUUAGAAGGCAAAAAAAAUUUCUUAUCUACCUAGCAGACUGUGAUAAGUAUUUCUAUUGUAAAUGAUGUGAAAUAAAGAUUACACAUAAGGAAUGGAGGUGACAAAAAGAAAGAACUUCUUUCUAUUUCAGGGAGACCAUCCCUUUCUGGAUUGUAAUUCUCCAGUGUUGUGAGUGUAUCAUGUGAAAUUGUUCUUCUAAGUUAUA